UAUAUUUACAUUUUUUCUAAUUUUGAUGAGAUCUACACAGUAUUCAACGUAUAUUAUUGAGUCAAUUUUGAAUUUUUUCAAUCAUAAAUUUGUUCUGAUAUACAUAAAAGUUCAAGCUUUCCAUUACAUGUAUCUCAUUCAGUGAAAAACGUACAAAAUACUUUGACAGCAAGCAGUGUAGCGUGAUAUCGAAGAUAUCGAAUAUACAAAUGUUACCAGGCUUCGAAUUUUUAGAAGAAAACUGUCAAUUUGACGACUUGUUUAAAUCAUGGAGGAGCGAAUUAGAAAUACCAAUUACAUCAAAAGAAGAAGAAAUAAUAUUUCCAGAUUAUGAUAAGAUUGCAAAUAAAACAGAAAAAGAUGUAUUGGAUUUAUCAGAUUUUAAAGAAUUUGAUUUAAAUUUUUUACAAAAUAGUUCAGAAUUAGGUGAAAUAAAUGAAAUAAGGAAUGAAGUUAAAUUGGAACCUGAAAGUCCUGAUGCACAACUUUCAUUAUCAUCCUAUAGCCCAAAUCAUUCAGAAUCUAAUGAUUCAGAUAAACAAGAAACAAGAUGUUUAAUGCAAGAAGAAUCAAAUUAUUUAACACAAAAUAUGGACACAGAGCUUUCUUUAGAAUCACCACUAAUUUCCUGUAUACAAUAUACAUCCUCAUCACAAUCAUUUCAAUCAUCUUUAAAUGUAUCAAAUGUAAUACAACCAGUUGAAUUUUUAUCUGUUAAUGAGGAAGAUGCAAAACAUGCGCAAUUUGUUCGCACAAAAAAGGAUUUUGUUAAUAUCCAGUCUUUACCAGUAGAUGUCGCACACUACAUGAAAAAUGGAACAAAAACCCCACUGUUUCAUCUACCACAGAAUGUGAAAGUAAUUAGCACUGCAUCAGAUAUUUGUCCAAAGAAUACUGUUGAAUCUAUAAAUACAAGUAAACUAAUAAAUUGCACACCAGUUCAAAUAAUGCAAGAUGAAACAAUUUCAUUAAUUGUAAAAAAUGAAGAAAACGAUUUCAUGAAUUUGUCGAAAGAUGAUCCAAAAUUAAAGGCGUUUAAAAGACAACAAAGAAUGAUAAGAAAUAGGGAGUCUGCUAGUCUCUCAAGAAAAAAGAAAAAAGAAUAUGUAUCUUCUUUGGAGAAACGAAUAGAUGAUUUGGUGCAAGAAAAUAUACAACUAAAAUCAGAAAACAUGACUUUAAAACAAAAAUUAUUUGAAAUGGAGGACAGUAUUAUAAAUGAUAAUAAAUAUAAACGUAAACACUUAAGUUUUAAACCUUUAUUCAAAAAGAAAGGACAGAGGAAUAUUGUUCUUUUUGUAGGAAUGAUUUUCAUAAUAUCUUUUAACAUUCAUGGUCUUAAGGGAACACUUUCGCAAAGUGUACAUUUGAAAACUGAUUCUGAUAAUUUACCAAUAGCUAUUCCAGAUACAGAAAUCAGACAUAAUAGAAGAUUAUUCUGGACAAUAGAUGAAAAUGAAAACAAUAUGGAAGAUCAAAUGGAAAAAGAUUUUAAUAAAAGUGUGCCGGCACAUCAACUAAUGUGUCCAAUGUAUAUUAAUCAGAGCGAAUUGAUACGUUUAGACAGCGAAUUGAGACGUUGGAUCGAUGGUGAAUCCGAUCGAAAUAAUCGGUCCGCAAAGGAAAUGGAAUUAAAAACAAAUUCAUCAAAUGCGCUCUCGUCAUCGAGAUCACAAUUGGAAGAAAAGGCAAAACGAAAACUGUAUUUACCGCGAGAUAAAAAAAUAAAAACUAUACAUAAAAUGAUUGAUAUUCCUGAUCAACAUUCAAAUAAUGCGAUUCAAAUCUUCUCCCCAAUAUUAAGCAAACAUACUUCUCUAUUUGAAGCUUUGGGAAGAAAAGAUGAUACGUUUUAUGUUGUCUGGUUUAGUGGCGAACAUUUAUUAUUACCAGCUUCUCGGAAAAAUGAUACAGCAAGACCUAAAAUGUCUCUAGUUCUACCUGCUGUAUCUAUAGACAGCACAUUUUCAACGCCAUCUAAUCAUAUAACUAUGAUGCAAAUUGAUUGUGAAGUCACAAAUACACAAGUAUUACAUUUACAACAGUCUAUCAUACCUGUUCACUUGCGAAAUAGUAAAUCUACAAGUCAAUCAAAUCGAUCUCACUCUGUUGAGGACAUAGUUAAUUCAUCUAUAGCUAAUAUUACCAGAAAUUACAAACCAUACUUUAUGAAAGAAACAAAUAGAAAAUUUCGAAAUAGAAAACACUUAAUUUAAUGUGAAGAUACAAGUUAAGGAUUUUAAGAUUUUUUGUACUAGAAUGCUAAAAUUAUA